AGGAAGAGCGGUCGGGCUGGGUCCAGGCGCUUCAGCGGCUCCUGCCCAGGGCUGAUCCACAGGGCCACGAUCGAAUGCCUCGCAUGGACAUGGUGGAUCGAGACCAGAAACAGAACCCUGGAGUUCGAGAGGCCGAAUCGAUCCACAGGUGCCUGGCAGAGAGGCAGACCGAUCGACGACAAGUCCCGAGCGACGGAAGCGACGAAGCAUCCGUGGUAAAGGCGUUGAUGCGAGCCCGAGGUGGUCUUGUCGGAGCCGGCGACAAGCCAGACAAACUCGACCAACACAGCGAUUCCACCGACGACAAGACCUCCUCUGACUCCUGCGUCGACAAAGCCAGUGCCGACACUGACCACUCCACAGGCACAGCCAACAUUAGCGUCGGCGAUGUGUGGAAGGGUGUCUCCACCCCGACAGCCAGCGCCAACAACCCGAUCGACUCCUUCCUUGCCGCUAUCAAGGCAUCGAUCGAUGUCCGAAUGGGCGACAUCUCUGAGAUGGUGGCUCAGAUAGCCCGGCCCAAGGCUCGAGUCCGUUCAGCAUCCGAAACCGCUGACCCGGAGGCAGAUGCACAGUGGAUUCCGAAGGACGAAUCAUACAGAACCCAUGAGAUUCGCGAUUUGACUGUCUCCAUCGACAAUCUGUCCAGCAGAAUUGAGAGGCUGGAGGAGGAGAUCCGCAGGUCGCGGGGCCGGAUUGCUGCAGUUCAAGAAAGCACUGGAUCCAAGUCGGCCGAGUGGAUCGAGCACCUCGAGGCCCGGCUCGAGACCAUCAUCAGCAAGCGCUGCCAGAGCACUGCCCCGGACAAGUCGCCGUACCUCGCAGACCCGCCGAGACCAAGCGAUGCGAGAAUCGACGAUGCGCUCAGCCAUCUGAAGAAGACGGUGUGCUCCAAGCACGACCUGCUCGCGGACAGAAUCCAGCAGCUCGAGGCAAAGAGCGACGAGGUCAAGAGGAUCGUCCAAAAGUCCAGCCCGUCGUCCGUCCUCCAGGAUGUGCUGCAGGGAGAUCUCAGGUCGAUCCGUCAGUACCAAGAGCGCAUUCCCAAGCUUGAGGAAUCCAUGGAGCAGAUCAACGCCGCCCUUCAGUGCAUCCUUCAAACCAGGAGCGAGGCAAUCGUCAGCCAGCCCGGUGGGUCGGUGCCAACCACCGGAUCGACAACGUCGGCCGACCCCAGUGCUGCUCUCGAGAGCACAGGCCGGCCCGACAUCGAUCCGCCUCGCAUCCGCAUGAUCCAAGACUGGAUCUCGGCGCUGUCUGCCCGAUUCGACCAGUCGCACACCAAGCUGAGGGACUCUGUGCUCGAAACUACGCGGGCGGUUGAGCUGUUGCGUCGGCUGUCCAUGACCAAAUCCGACUUUGCGCCGCUGGACGGGACGCUCGAUGUCGUCAAAUCGAGGCUCGAGAGCCUCAUCAAGCUGUGCACCAAGUCCUUUGAGCACGAGAGCGAGCACAAGCCCUCCAUCUCGCUGAUCGUGGGAGUCUCCGAGAAGGUCACGAAUCUCGGCCACAGCGUCGAUGAAAUCAAGCACCAGGUCGAGACGGAUCUGCGCCGGCUGGCGGACGAGCACCGGCAGAUCGUCGAGGCCCUCGGCAACAUUGCUUCUCAACGACCCGAGCCGGGCUCCAGGGAACAGGACGCACGGGCCAUCAAGGAGGUCAAGGCUGUUCUGGAAGACCUCGAGUCGAGAUUGCAGGGCAUGGGGACGGAAACCCGCGGCCAAUACGACAUUGUCGCCGGGCAGCUCGGCCGCAUCCAGGACAGUGUCAAACACAUCCACCAGCUCUCGACCAAGGUGCAUGACGGCGCUGGCGGUCAAAGCUCGGGACUGGAGCUGGCCAAGCUCGAAUCGCUGUCCAGAGAUCUUGCUGAGGCUCGCCGUGAGAGCCGCGAUCGACAUCAGGAGCUCAAGGCCGCACUCCAGACCCAGCAGGCACAGCUCCACGAGGAUCUCGGCGGGGUCAUCAAGAGCUGCCGACGCCUGCAGCAAGAGCUCCCCGAGGCAGUGAGCAGCAUUCAAAAAGCCGAAGCAAGCAUCAAAGAAGCACAAUCGGCACAACGGAGCGACUGGACAGCGAUGCGCUCUCAGCUGCAAGACAUGCAGAGCAGUGCCGUCCCAGCCGCCUCGGGCCUGCGCAACGGCUUGACGACAGCGAUGAGUCGCCAGAGCAUGCACUCUGCCGAGCACGAUGAAGGGCCGGACGGCCGCGCCUGGUUCGCAAGAGACAAGACGGUGUCGCUGUCGUCCAUCGUCGAGUGGCAAGAAGAGAUUGCACGCAAGGACCAGAUCACAGGCGAGAUUCUGGACUCGAUGCAAAACUCGAUGCGGCGCAUGAUCGAGUGGAUGGAGUCUGCGGGUGCAGCGCCGCCUGCCGGAGGCAAGCCGUCAUCGUCUUCGUCUUCGUCAUCGUCAUUAUCAUCAUCAUCGCCGUCGGUGCCCUCUCCUAUCCUCAAGAUGGACAACAACGAGGUCGCCGAGAUCAAAAAGGCUAUUUUUGAGAUCCGCGAAGGGGUGUUGAACCGGGCCGGCGACGAUAGCCGCGAGCUCAAGAACCUGCGAACGCAAAUCGAGAGUGCCCGGGUCGUCAAGACCACGCUCCACAACGAGAUCGAGACCAUGAUGGAGAAGAAGCGGGCCCUCCAGGAGCAGGUUCAGGAGCUGCAACGGAAGACAGAUCGUAGCGAGGAUGCUGCCAAGCGAACCGGUGCUGGUGGCUGGUUCAGUAUCUAGGAGAAUGCAUCGGGAAGGGCACGACGAUGGCUGGGAGGUGAGGCAUGGAAGGAAGCAGUGAUGCCGGAGUAGCCACGAGUGGCCGAUGGCAACGCUCUCAGAAUGAAAUUGCUUGAACGGACAGCCUCGCUGAUCAAUAUGCAUUGGCAUGGAGAAAGUGGCAUGAGCCUUAUUCCGCUGUCAUCUGUCGGGGUGCUGGACUUGCAAGGCAGACGAACCACCCUUAUCGCCAACGGGACGACCGAGGCACUCGCACAUGGGAGUGCUCGGGCAGGAGGCGCUUCGCUUGGGGCACCUUUCCCAAAGGCAGCGGGGACAGAGCCGGG